AUGUCUCAGGAUUUUCCUAUUGAAAUACACUCCUCUCCGGAAAGUUUACCUGAAACAUCCCUUGUAGUUAUAGAAUCAGAGGAAGAAGGAGUCUCCGACCGACUGCAGGAGAAUAUCACUAGGAAAAGAAAAUAUGUGUCUAUUAAUGGAGGUGGAGAUAUAGGAGAAACCGUUUUGGGUAAUGAACAUACUUUUUUCUCAGAAUCUUCAUGUCUUAGCUCCUGCUUCCAGUCAGAAAUCCCAGAGCCUGAGGAAGCAAUAACUGAGACUACGUUAAGAAAAGGAGAAUUUGACUAUGAGGAUCCUCCGAUAUAUGGCUUUGAUCAAGUACAACACGCUGAAGCUAGUUGUUCACCUUUUUCCGAAUGGGCUAUUAAUUUAGCAAGCGAGGAUGGAACCUCCCCUAUAGAGCAAUAUUCUUUGCCGGUACAUACGUUUCCAGAACACUUGAAAUCUAGAAAAGGAUCUUUCUACAGCGAGGAGUCUGUAUUUGAUAAAGGUGAAGAUGAGCGUUUCGCAUUACCAUCCGCCGCCAACAAAAGUGUUGAUCGUGAAACAGAGAAAGAAAAUAGAGGUACUAGUAUAAAUUGGACGGACGAAAACUUACAGAAAAAUAAAUUUCCAAGGAGCCUUUCGUCCGCUCUCCAUGACAUGUCGCAAGAUGAUAGACGGAUUCAUAAUAUUAGUCCGGUUCAAGAUCAAGGACAGCAUGAUCAACACGAUGAAAUAAAAGAACAAAAUUACGAAGGUACCUCUGUAAAGGAGCUUUGUAGGAUGGUAGAAGGUUACGGCUUUAAACCAUCCAAGAGCAAACGAGCUCUGAUUAAUAUUUUAAAAGCUUGUGAUGCCGCUCGUGAGAAAAUGAAAAAACAAGAAUUAUCUAAAGAUGAAUCCAGUAAAAAAGAGAAUGCAUCAAUUCCUUCUGUUGCUACUACAUUCGAUGACAUUGUCGCUGAAUCUCAUCGAUCUAUAUCUGAAGCAGUUCGCGGUUCAAGGGAUAAAACAAUAUGGCUAAAGAUUCUAUACUAUGAGCCAUUGGAUUUGGAAGAGUUUACUUUAUGGCUUCGUAACUCUGGUUUGGUACUAUCUUCGGCAAUCAUUCUUUCAUGGUGUGAUACAUACGGCGUUCUUGUUCAAGGGAGCUGGCAUUCAAAUUCUCGUGAGAAAAGGUAG